CUCAUAUAAAACUAAACGACCCAGUAAGCACAAGAAGAAACAGAGCAUCCUCUGUUCUUGAUCUGUUUUCUCUCUGACUCUUUUUUCUUUCCUCAAUUUUACCAGCUCAGCCACAUAUAUAAAAGAGAGAAGGAAGGCUGCUGAUUGUUGAAACACGAAAAAUGAAGAAUUCAGAAUCUGAGCAAGCUUUUUUCAUUGAGAGUGAUGAAGAUGAAGAAAAAGAUCCUUCCAUUAGAGGUGAAGAUGAUGGGAAUGAUUCCGAGUUUUCGAAUUAUUCGGAAGAAGAUGACCCUCAUAGUCAUCAGGGCAAGCCUAGCUCCUUAAACCCUUCUUGGCCUCAAAGUUACAGGCAAUCCAUCGAUCUUUACAGUAGUGUACCAUCGCCAAGCUUGAACUUUUUGGGGACGCCUAAUUUGUCGCGAUUAGGCAGUUCAUUUCUUGGCUCAACACUUACAAGAAGACAAACUCCUGAGAUACUUCCAACUUUGGGCAAACCUCUCUUGGCAUCAACAGACAACCAGCAGCAGCCACAAGAAAGGCGUAGUUCUCAUUCUCUUCUCCCUCCACGACGAGGAUCAUCUGCCAAGAAGUUGCCACAUGUUCACAAAUCUUCUAAGGCUUCCCAUGAACUUCCGCUUUCAAACCAGAGCUCAUUUGGUCAAUCUGUGCUUAAUGGCGUAAAUGUUCUAUGUGGAGUUGGACUUCUUUCAACACCAUACGCGGUCAAAGAAGGAGGAUGGGUUGGACUUUUGUUAUUAUUUCUCUUUGGUGUCCUUUCUUUCUACACUGGUAUCCUCCUUCGUCAUUGCUUGGACAGUCAGCCUGACCUUGCAACUUAUCCUGAUAUUGGUCAAGCUGCCUUUGGCACCACCGGACGACUAAUAAUUUCUAUAAUUUUGUAUGUGGAGCUAUAUGCAUGUUGUGUUGAAUAUGUAAUCCUGGAGAGUGAUAAUCUAUCUUCUCUGUUUCCAAAUGCACAUUUAAAUCUUGGAGGAUAUAUACUCAAUGCACAUUAUUUAUUUGCAAUUACGAUCACAAUUGCCGUGCUUCCUACAGUUUACCUUACCGAUAUGCGUCUUCUCAGUUACAUCUCUGCUGGAGGAGUUAUUGCAUCAAUUCUUGUGGCCAUUUGUUUGUUUUGGGUUGGCUUGGUGGAUGACAUUGGUUUUCAGAUUGAAACAACAAAGACGUUGAACCUCUCCAGUUUCCCAGUGGCUAUAGGGCUUUAUGGUUACUGUUAUUCAGGACAUGCUGUCUUUCCUAAUAUAUAUACAUCAAUGGAAAAAAGAAGUCAAUUUCCUAUGGUCCUCUUAACUAGUUUUGGAAUUUGUGGUGUUCUGUAUGCGGCGGUUGCUGUAAUGGGAUACAUGAUGUUUGGAGAAUCAACAGAAUCUCAGUUCACUCUUAACUUGCCAACAAAUUUGGUUGCCUCAAAUAUUGCUGUAUGGACUACGGUGGUUAAUCCGUUUACCAAAUAUGCUUUGACCAUGUCUCCCGUCGCUAUGAGUCUUGAGGAAUUGAUACCACCAGGCCAUAAGUCUUGUUUUAACUAUUCCUUCCUGAUUAGAACGGGUUUAGUUUUCUCUACUUUGGCUGUAGCCCUCUCCAUCCCUUUCUUCGGUCUUGUGAUGUCACUUAUCGGAUCUUUACUGACCAUGCUAGUGACAUUGAUUCUUCCUUGUGCUUGCUACUUGAGCAUCCUAAGGGGAAAGAUAACUCGGUUUCAGAGAUCACUAUGUGUAUUGAUCAUCGUGGUUGGCACUAUCUCUUCGGUUAUUGGAACUUAUACGUCGCUAUCUGAAAUCUUUCAACGUUUGUUCUGAUAAUGUUUUGGUACUUUUAAUUUGAGAUUCUGUGAGGCGAGCAUACAAGUAGAUUAGACAUUUUUGCUACCAUUAUUACUAUUAAAAUAUAUAUGCUUGAAUUGUUUAGCAUAAAAGAUGUUUCGUUCCUUUUUGUGUGUACUCUUUGAAUGAAUUAAUCCAUCUGAGUUAUGCCUUUCGAGUA